AUGGGCACCAUCCAUACGCCUAUUAAAGAGGCCAAUGAGCCAAUUGCCGUUGUUGGUAGUGCCUGUCGAUUCCCGGGAUCAUUGAAUACUCCAUCCAUGCUUUGGGAUUUUCUGUGCAAACCUCAUGAUCUCCUUACCAAAAUUUCCAACGAAAGAUUCAACCCAGACGCAUUCUACCAUCCAGAUGGAAUGCAUCACGGUACCUCUAACGUGAAGGAGUCAUAUCUCCUUCGUGAAGAUCACCGCGCCUUUGACGCCGGCUUCUUCAACAUUAAGCCUGUCGAAGCUCAUUCAAUUGACCCACAACAAAGGUUGCUGAUGGAGACAGUCUAUGAGUCUCUCGAGGCUGCCGGAAUGUCUAUAGAAUCACUAGCUGGCUCACAGACGGGAGUAUACGUAGGCUUGAUGUGCGGUGACUUCAGUGAACAUCUCCAACGUGACCCUCAGUCAUUGCCUACAUAUAUGCCCACAGGAACGGCUCGCAGUAUCAUAUCCAACAGGGUGUCUUACUUCUUCGACUGGCAUGGACCAUCAAUGACUAUUGAUACCGCCUGUUCUUCUAGCUUAGUUGCUGUCCACCAGGCAGUGCAGCAGCUGCGAAGCGGCGAGUCAGAUGUUGUUAUUGCAGCUGGUGCCAACCUUAUUCUUGGACCUGAGCUGUACAUUGGGGAGGCCAAAUUGAAAAUGUUAUCUGCCGAUAGCCGGUCGCGAAUGUGGGACGUCGAUGCUGAUGGAUAUGCACGAGGGGAAGGAAUUGCCUCGGUAGUUCUGAAAAGGCUCAGUGCUGCUCUUCAGGAUGGUGAUCACAUCGAGUGUGUGAUCCGCGAAAUUGGAGUCAAUCAAGAUGGCAGAACAAAAGGGAUCACAAUGCCAAAUGAAUUGGCUCAAGCUGACCUGAUAGAAAGAACUUACUUGAAGGCAGGCUUGAAUCCUAAAGACAAGAACCAGCGCUGUCAGUUUUUUGAAGCCCACGGGACUGGCACUUCAGCAGGCGAUGCUCGUGAGGCAGAGGGUAUUAGUAGGGCAUUUUUUGGCCAUGAAUUUGGCAAUUCUGACGUAGAAAAUGUGCUGUAUGUGGGCUCGAUCAAGACAGUGAUAGGUCAUACCGAAGGCACUGCAGGCUUAGCAGGGCUCUUGAAAGCCUCCCUCGCCGUUCAGCAUGGAAUCAUCCCACCAAAUAUGCUCUUUAAUUCUCUCAACCCAACAGUCAGCCAGUUUUAUAAUAACCUAGAAAUUGUGACAACCGCUAAACAAUGGCCCAAAGUCGAAGGACCUCGCCGAGCCAGUGUCAAUAGUUUCGGCUUUGGGGGCACAAAUUGUCACGUGAUCGUUGAGAGUUUUGAAGAUUCAAGCAGCGAACACGAGCAGGUGAAAGAAGUGCAAGUGCCUUUCACUCCUUUUGUGUUUUCUGCUGCAUCUGAAAAAGCGCUAGAGGCAAAUUUAAUGGCCUAUUCAUCUCACCUUCGAUUGAAUCCCGAUCUCAAUCUCGGUGACUUUGCUUUCACGCUACACUCAAGAAGAUCAGCGCUCGGGGUACGAGCAGCCUUUGCAGCUAGGUCUUCUGAUAGCCUCUGUGCGGCUAUAGAUGAACGCAUUCAGCUCCAUAAGACGGACACGAGCACGCCACUCGGUGUCAGACCUAACACCGCUGCUCCAUCUAUCUUGGUUGUCUUCACUGGACAAGGAGCGCAAUGGCCAGAAAUGGGACGUCAACUGAUAUUAUCAUCGGCCUUUGUUCGUAAAUCCCUAGAAGAACUGGAUCAAACGCUUCAAGAUUUGCCAGAUGCAGAUAGACCUUCAUGGUCUCUGGUGGAGCAGCUACUUGCUGAUCGCUCUCACUCGCGCGUUGGAGAGGCUGCCAUCUCACAACCCUUAUGCACUGCUCUUCAAAUUGUUCUAGUAGAACUCUUAAGAGCUGCUGGGAUUAGUUUCAAGGCUGUUGUAGGUCAUUCAUCAGGUGAGAUUGCCGCGGCAUAUGCAGCUGCGUUCAUUUCUCGCGAGGAUGCGAUCAAGAUUGCAUUCUAUCGAGGUCUAGUCGCGAAAUACGCGGGACAAGAUCGACCAGGCGCGAUGAUGGCAGUGGGGACAUCAUUUGACGACGCCAAUGACCUCUGCGCUUUGGACACCUUUGAAGGUCGUCUUUCUGUUGCGGCGUGCAAUUCCUCAUCCAGUGUGACUUUGUCUGGAGAUGCGGAUGCCAUUGAGGAGGCUAGGUUCAUUCUUGCUGAAGAAAAGAAAUUUGUCAGAACCAUAAAAGUGGACAAGGCCUACCACUCUCAUCAUAUGCUUCCUUGUGCGGAGCCCUACGUUAGUGCGCUUCUUGAGUGUAAUAUUGAGCCGAAACAGCCAAAGACUGGCAGUUGUCACUGGUACUCGAGUACUUACCAGGGAAUUAAGAUGGAGGCUCAAGACGAGCUCAAAGGAGUGUACUGGAAAGAUAACAUGGUGAACCCCGUGCUCUUUUCACAGGCUAUAGAGGCCGCAGCAUCCAAUGAGGAUCCUUUCAAUCUUGUUAUUGAGGUUGGUCCACAUCACGCCUUAAAAGGACCUGUUCUUCAAACAUUGCAAGAUACUUAUGGCCAAUCUAUCCUUUAUACGGGCCUCCUCAGUCGGGAUAAACAUGAUGUGGAGAGCUAUGCCAAUGCACUAGGUUAUUUUUGGAGCCACUUCAGUCCGACUGGUGUCGAACUUGGCCAGUACGACGAUUGUCUCUCUGGAGGUCAAAAGAGACAAAUUAUACCCUCAUUGCCGUCCUAUCAAUGGGAUCAUGACCGGACCUUCUGGCACGAAACCCGCUUAUCAAGAGCUCAUCGUAACCGCAAGGAUCCAUACCAUCCUUUACUGGGUUCGAGAACACUAGAAGGGACAGAAUCAGAAAUGCGCUGGAGAAAUAUACUUCGGCCUAGCGAACUUCCUUGGGUUCAUGGACACCAACUACAAGGCCAGAUGGUGUUUCCAGCGACAGGAUAUAUUGCCACAGCUAUAGAAGCUGCAAAAUACAUGGUCAAAAACAUCCCUAUAUGUCUAAUUGAAGUGUGUGACUUUGUUAUUGGAAAGCCCUUAACGUUUGAUGACGACCAGUCCGGCGUUGAGAUGUUGUUCACAUUGUCCGAUAUUUCUAAGAACAGUUCGGGGUUGUAUUCAGCCUCAUUCAGGUACCACGCAUGGACAAAUCAGGAGUCAGAUACAUUGUCAUUGUUAGCCUCUGGCUGCAUUGUGGUAACUAUAGAUGAGACAUCAUCUUCGAAUGAUGUGCUUCCACCACGAAGUCCUGAACAACCGAAUAUGGCAUCUGUGAGGGAGGAUCAAUUCUACGCUUCUCUUGACGACCUUGGUUAUGGCUAUUCUGGGGAUUUCAGAUGUCUUUCAUCAAUGAAGAGGAAGCUUAACUACGGUUCCGCCUACGUAUCUGUGCCACAGCAGGAAGCCGUUGACGCUGUUCUUGUACAUCCCGCCUUCCUAGAUGUCGGCUUCCAGUCCAUAUUCCUGGCCUACGGGUGGCCCAACGAUGGAAGCCUUGAUCAACUACAUGUCCCUAGAAGCAUCUCAAGGAUCCGGAUCAACUUUGCUCUCUGCCAGAAGGACUUAGUUCCUGGGACACAGCUACAAUUGGACUCUCACCUGACAGAUAAUCCGUUGACCGCGGGCGCUAUACGUGGGGACGUUGAUAUAUUUGGAGCUGAUGGACAAUCCACCCUUAUUCAGGUUCAGGGUAUACAAGUGGUUGGACUUUCAGAUGGAAGCCCUCAGUUAGACCGGCAAUUGUACUCAGAACACAUUUGGGGCCUGGCAAUCCCUGACGCUCAAUGCGCAGCAGAUAAUCGCGCAACACCGGAGGAUUACGAGCUUGCAUGGAGUCUGGAACGUGUAUCAAUCUUCUACAUGAAGAAAUUACAGGCUGAUAUCAAGCCAGAGGAAAGAAUAAACCUGGAAUGGUAUCACCAUGCACUUUUCGAUUUCGUUUCUCAUAUUCUUUCCAAGACAGAGAAAGGCAAACAACGUUUUGCAAAGAGAGAAUGGCUUGACGAUACUUGGGAACAAAUAUUAGAGAUCAUGACACGCAUAGAAAUGAAACUUACUCGUACGGUUGGCGAGAAUCUCGCAGCUGCUGUUCGAGGCGAGACAAACAUUUUACAGCAUUUACUCGCCGACGGUCUCUUAAACAAGUAUUAUACGGACGCGAUGGGUCUCAAAGAAACAACAGAGUUCCUAGCCAAGUCUGUUGCCCAGGUUGUGCAUCGCUAUCCACAUAUGAAGAUACUUGAGAUUGGCGCCGGUACUGGUGGAGCCACGAAAUCCAUCAUGAGAGACAUCGGCCGGUCCUUCUCUUCUUAUACAUACACGGACAUUUCAACUGGUUUCUUUGAAACUGCCAAAGGAAUCUUCGCUCAGAAUCUGGACAGAAUGAUUUUCAAAGCUUUGGAUAUAGAGAAGGAUAUACUUGAACAGGGCUAUGCAGAGCAUUCUUAUGACCUUAUCAUAGGAUCCUUGGUUCUACAUGCUACUUCUAGCCUGCGGAAAACGAUGGAAAAUACACGUCGACUGCUGAAGCCAGGAGGCUAUCUCAUAAUACUUGAGAUAAUCAGCAAUGAUGUGAUCAGAACAGGAUUUGCUAUGAGCGGCCUGCCUGGUUGGUGGUUGGGUAGAAAUGAUGGCCGUCGUUUCUCUCCGUGUGUAUCUUCCGCUGAGUGGCAUAACCUGCUUGUAGAGACCGGGUUUUCAGGAAUAGACUCACUCAGCCCUGAAACUGACAUCUUACCACGUCCUUUGUCUGUGAUCAUAUCUCAAGCUGUGGAUGAUCAGGUCAAUCUUCUCAGGGAACCUCUUCAAUAUCCAGGCCAGACACUAGGGAACACACAAGAUUGGGAUCUUGUAAUCAUUGGUGGAGAGACGCUCCGAACGAUAAAACUAAUAGAUGAAGUAAUCCGCCUGCUUCAGCCCUGGUACUUGCCAGUUACACGAAUCCGCUCUCUGCACGAUACCGAACGCUUGUCCAAUAUAUCAGCCAAGAGUGUCGUGCUAAGUGUUACAGAGCUCGACCAACCCAUAUUCCUGGAUUUCAGCCCUGAGACUAUGGAAGGUCUCAAAAGGCUACUUGGCUAUCAGCGAACCAUUCUCUGGGUCACCCAAGGUUGCAGAGUUGAUGAACCUUACAUGAAUAUGACCGUUGGGUUUUGCCGAACCCUGGCCCUUGAAGCUCCAGAUACCCAGCUGCAGCUCCUAGAUCUAGACAUAUCACGUAGGCCUGAUGCUCGACUGCUUGCCGAGUCACUCUUGAGAUUAAACUUCACACAGGUUCCCGAGGUCUUGUGGUCCGUUGAGCAGGAGAUAGUCCAAGAGGCUGGGAAACUGUUAAUUCCGCGUCUUAUUUUGAAUCAAGAGCAAAAUAAUCGCUACAAUGCCGCAAGAAGGACCAUAUUCGACACCAAGGAUGUGCGCCAAACUCCUGUUAUUCUACAACCCACACCCGUCGGUUAUAGUCUUGUCAAGCACGAGCUGGAUUUGUGCCCGAAUGACGUUCAGGUCGCAGUUAGUCACUCAACGUUGGUACCGAUUGCAAAUUCAAUGUACGGUAUUGCUGGGAUAAAUAUAUCCACUGGCAAGAGCGUUUUGGGCUUCUCCACUAUCAAUGGUUCCCAGCUUGCUAUAAAUACUGACAGGCUUAUUGAAUACAAUUCAUCCAAAAUAGGGGAGAGCAGUCGCCUGAUCUCUCUUCUGUUGGUUGAGAUGGAGGUGGACAACAUCCUUUCAGUUUGUACAUCCGAUGAGCAUAUUCUGCUCCAUCAAGCAUCUGCAGAAUUAGCGGAAAGACUUGGAGAGCGGGCCCAUGAGAAAGGGCUCAGAAUAUCCUUUACUACGUCUCAUGGAAAGCCUCUGGACAAGACCUGGAUUACCGUCCAUCCAUGCUCUCCACUACGUACUAUUAAGGCAACUGUGCCUCUAGAAGUUUCGAUUUUCAUUGAUUAUUCAACCAACGACGAUGGCGUUGGGACGGUAGACAUUGAUUCUUCCAGCCACUCGUCCCCGGUUCAAAUGAGUCCAAUGGAUAUUGCAGGGAACGGUAAAACUGCAAGCUCCACGAUUGUCAAUUGGAGUGGCACCACUGAGGUCUCAGUGAAGUUGUCAUCUAUCGAUAGCCAAAUCAACUUUGCACCUGACAAGACAUAUGUGUUAUUUGGGUUGACAAGCGAUCUGGGACAGUCACUGUGUGACUGGAUGGCUGCUCAUGGAGCCCGGAAUAUUGUCCUAACUAGUAGAAACCCGAAGAUCGAUCAAAGGUGGUUGGACCAAAUGAAACGCACGGGUGUGAGGUUGCAAGUCUUCUGCAAUGAUAUAACCGAUAAAGUGGCAGUCCAAGCAAUUGUUUCAGAAAUACGUGCCACAUUCCCACCAAUUGGGGGUAUUGCCCAAGGAGCAAUGGUAUUGGAAGACGCUUCAUUCUUUGACAUGUCAUUUGAAACUAUGGACAAGGUCUUGAAACCGAAAGUACUAGGUAGUAUUCACCUUGAUGAGCUAUUCCAAAACGAUGACCUUGACUUCUUCAUCUUCUUCUCAUCACUAGCAUCGGUAAGCGGAAAUCGCGGUCAAUCCAACUACAGUGCUGCGAACAUGUUCAUGACCGCCUUGGCUUUUCAACGUCGACGAAAGGGGCUCGCCGCGUCUGUUCUCCAUAUCGGUGCCAUUAUGGGUGUUGGCUACGUUAUGAGAGAAGUGAGCGAAACCGUCUUUCCUGCGAUCCGUCGUGCCGGGUUCACGUGGAUGCCUGAGCGUGGCUUCCACCAAUGUUUCGCUGAAGCUAUUGUUUCUGGACGGCCACAAUCUGGUCGCAGUCCGGAGAUUGUCACUGGACUCCGACUAAUCAAUGCUAACGAGGAAGAACCUGCUCCUUGGAUGAAUAUCCCCAGAUUCCAACAUUGCAUUGACCGCAGUGGUACGGCGGGACUUAGGGAGGGUCAUGGAAAUGCAGUCGUAGCAGUUAAGACGCGGCUGCUAGUGGCAUCAACUCGGGAAGAAGCCCUGGAGAUGAUUCAAUAUGCAUUCUUCGCAAAGCUGCAGGCAGCUUUGCAGCUUCACAUCGACGAUCCUGCCGUUCAAAGGCAGGUUCUGAGUUCUGGGGCGGAUGAAUUGGGCUUUGACUCUCUGGUUGCUGUUGAAAUUCGGUCAUGGUUCCUCAAAGAACUUGAAGUCGACAUGCCUGUGCUUAAGAUCCUUGGCGGGGCCUCUGUCUCAGACCUUCUUAUUUUCGCCCUUGAUAAGCUGCCUGAUGAACUAAUCCCAAAAGUUGCGGCGAUCCCUGAAGCUGUAGUAAACACGAGCAAAAUCAAGAAAGAUACGGUGACACCGCAUUUCUCGCCAUCAAGCGUUAUUAGCUCAAAAGCAACCAGUGAUGGGGAAAGCCUCUUCUCGCCAGUCAAUGGCUCUUCCCCUCCACAGAACUCUGUUGUCUCCCUUGUGUCUUCGUCGUCCUCUACGUAUGACAAGGAAGAGCAUUUCACCCCGAAUUAUGAGCCUAAGUUUGAAAAGGUAGUGCCAUUAUCUUUUGGACAGUCACGAUUUUGGUUCUUAAAGCAUUAUCAUGAAGACCAGACAACGUUCAACAUUACAUUCUCGACUCGACUUAAAGGUCCAGUGCGAAUUCGUGACCUGGAAAACGCGGAUUCCAACCAGCAGCCGAUGCAGGGAAUUCUAGAGAAAUCUUCCCUGUGUCUGGAGAAAAUGAACAUUCAGAAUUCAAGUCAAGUCGCGGAAGAGUUUGAAGCAAUGAAGAAUCAUGUUUUCGACAUAGAGAAUGGAGAAAUUAUGAGGGUUAUUCUCCUGUCCCUUAACCCGUUAAAUAGCUUCCUCAUUAUCGGUUACCACCACAUCAAUAUGGACGGUGCAAGCCUGGAAGUAUUCCUGAGGGACCUUGAGUUGGUCUACUGUCGUAAACCACUGAGUCAACCAGUAUACCAGUAUUCCGCUUUCUCGCUAUGGCAAAGAAAGGAAAUCGAAUCCGGCAAAAUGAAAGACGAGCUUCAGUACUGGAAGUCCGAAUUUGCAGAUCCUCCUACUCCAUUGCCAUUGCUCCCUUUCUCCUCUACGAACAGACGCGAGGCAGUUUCAACAUACAGUCAUUAUCGUGCCGAUGUUCGAAUUAAUUCUCAGUUGGCAGAACAGAUAAAGAAUAUGUGUUCGAAAAGGAAAACCAGUAUUUACCAUUUUUAUCUCUCCGUAUAUGAGGCAAUGCUCUUCCGGCUCUUGGACACGAACGAUCUCUGCAUCGGCAUGGCAGAUGCCAACCGCAGCGAAGAUACCUUUGUCAAUAGUAUGGGGAUGUACUUGAACCUGCUUCCACUACGAUUUCAUCUUCGCUCGAAUAUGCAAUUCAUAGAUGUGCUGAAAGAAACGCGCCGUAAAGCCUACAGUGCGAUGGCUCAUUCUCGUCUACCUUUUGACGUUCUUCUUGACGAGCUGAAAGUACCACGCUCCACGUUGUAUAGCCCAUUGUUUCAAGCUUUUAUCAACUACCGCCUGGGAGUCCAAGAAAAGAGAGCCUUCGGAGAUCUCGAGUGUGAGGGUGAGGAAUACUCGUUAGGCAGAACUGCCUACGAUAUCAGUCUGGAUAUUCUUGAUAACCAAAACAGCAAUACCCUGCUUAUGUUCAUCGUACAAACGCAGUUAUAUUCGGCAGAGGAUGCAAGGCUUAUGUGUAACAUCUACGUAAGCCUUCUUGAACAGUUUUCCAAGGAUCCAACCCUUCGUCUAGAUGAGCCAUCUCUCUUUGCAAAGGAGGAUAUUGCAGAGAAUAUUCAACUUGGAAUGGGACCGAAUCACAACUCAGAAUGGCCAGAGACCAUGGUACACCGCGUCUACCAAAUCAUAGAGACAUUCCCUGACAGUAUUGCUCUUAAAGAUACGGAGCACAACGAGUUGACAUAUCGACAGCUGGCUAAUCGUAUAGGCUGCAUAGUAUCAUCUCUUCUUGAAGCAAAUCUAGAAGAACAUGCUCCUGUCGGUGUAUUUCAAGAACCUUCACCUGAUUGGGUCUGUUCAAUUCUUGCUGUGAUGGCUAUUGGAGCCAUCUACGUGCCAUUUGACGCGAAAUCGCCUACAUCUCGUCUAGUGUCGAUGAUGGAAGAUUGCCAGCCCACUGCUGUUCUCAUCCAUGAUGCCACGGCCUCGAAGUUUGGAGGCUUGAGGUUGUCCUCUCGGGCAACUGUGAUUAAUCUUGCUAACAUUCCAUUAGACAUCUCGCACGAGAGUCGUAGUGUCGCAGCCAAAGCAUGUGAUCCUGCGGUGAUACUGUACACCAGCGGUACGACAGGGGUACCGAAAGGGGUCAUCUUGUCCCAUGAGAGCCUAAGGAAUGAGAAUGAAUUCGAGGUAGUCUCAGGUCCCGAAAUUGUCCUUCAACAGAGUGCAAUCAGUUUUGAUCUCUCACUGAAUCAAGUUUUCACGGCUCUGGCACAUGGUGGAACACUUGUUAUCAUUCCAAGAUCUAUGCGGGGCGAUGCAGUCGCAAUAGCAAAUAUAAUAGCCAAGGAAAAAGUCACCUAUACUGGAGCAACGCCGUCAGAAUAUCUCAGUUGGCUUCAGUAUGGGCGAUCUGAGCUUUUGCAAAACAAGGCUUGGAAGUUCGCCAUGUCAUGCGGAGAGCAGUACCCACAACAACUCGCUAAUGAAUUCAAACGCCUUGAACUUCCCCAUCUAAGCCUGUGGAAUGCAUAUGGACCAACCGAAGCCACUCUUUCGUCGAACAGAAUCCAGUUAUUCCUGAAAGAUGAUGAUUCAAACCCACAGCAUAUUCCCGUUGGUUAUACACUGACCAAUUGUUCGGUAUAUAUCGUAGACCGAGACCUCAAUCCGUUGCCUGCUGGAGUACCUGGGGAGGUCUGUAUUGGGGGCGCCGGGGUCGCAAUAGGCUACUUGAACAACAAGGAGCUUACCACAGAAAAGUUCGUGCCAAACCGGUUUGCAAAUCCACAUUUCCUGUCGCGUGGGUGGCAACGAAUGUAUCGAACUGGCGACAGAGGAGUUCUCCAAGAUGAUGGAGCUCUGAAGAUUCUGGGUCGCAUUGACGGUGAUACACAAAUCAAGCUGCGUGGUAUUCGGAUUGAAAUGCAAGACAUUGAGAAUACCAUUCUUCGUGAGGCAAACGGAGCGAUAUCGGAUGUUGUCGUGGUGCCUCGUGGAGAUCCUCCAGUCCUUAUGGCUCAUGCUGUCCUGUCAUCCGUCUCUCCGAAGGACCAGACCGGCUUUCUCCAGCAUCUAAAUACAUCUCUUUCUUUACCACAAUAUAUGCGGCCAGCAGCCAUUAUCCCUAUCGAUAAAAUGCCUCUGACUACUCAUGGCAAGAUUGACAGAAGUGCGGUGCAGAUCCUUUCGAUAGCCCAUCCCUCCCAAAAGCCAUCUCCUGUCACUGAAAUCACGCCAAUGGAAAAUCAACUUUGGCAGAUCUGGGAGAAUGUCAUUUCAAAGGAAGUUUUACAGUUGCACGCCAUUGAUGGUGAUACAGACUUUUUCCAUGUCGGAGGCAACUCGAUGCUUCUCAUCAAACUGCAAGAAUUGAUCAAACAGAAGUUUGGCACUUCGUUGGGUAUCAUGCGUCUUUUUGAAUGCAGCACGCUGCGUACGAUGGCAGCAGCGAUUCAAGACGCGUCCGUCACCAGGUCUCCUGAUAUUGUUCACUGGGAAGAAGAAAUAGCUUUUCCCGAAGAGCUGUCAGUCAUGGCCUCGUCCCAGUCUACUAACCUUACAAGAAAGCAUGCUACUAGUCCUCUAGUAAUCAUCCUCACUGGUUCUACAGGCUUCCUGGGGAAAGAAAUACUCCAACAGUUAAUUGCAUUGCCAAGUGUCCAGGAAAUUCACUGUGUUGCAGUCAGGGAUGAGAAAAAGCUUGAGGACAUGGUGACCUCCUCAGGCAAGGUAGUAAUCCAUCAAGGAGACUUGAGCCUUCCACAAUGCGGGCUCUCCGAUCAAUCUGCCUCUGAAAUUUUCAGCAAAGCAGACGCAAUCAUCCACAAUGGCGCCGACGUGUCUUUCUUGAAGAGUUAUCGAUCCUUGAGCCCAUCCAAUGUCGAAUCGACGAAAGAGCUGGUUCGUCUGUCACUACGCCAACGGCAACUUAUCCCAUUUCACUUUAUCUCAACCGUCACUACAGGACGACUGAAUAAGAGCGAAACUUUUGGAGAAGUCUCGUUAUCAUCGACUCCUCCUCCUCCAGGGUUCCCAGAUGGUUACGUUGCCAGUAAAUGGGCCAGCGAGGCCUUUUUGGAACGGGCAAGUACGAGUUUUAGUCUUCCGGUAUACAUUCACCGCCCAUCGAGCAUUACAGGCGAAGGAGCAAGCGAUCUCGAUGUAAUGCACAACAUGCUAAAGUAUGCACGCCUUACAAAAUCCGUGCCUGAAUCAUCCCGCUGGAAAGGAUAUAUCGACUUUAUCAGUGUAGAGAAUGUCGCUCGCGGGAUCAUCCAGGAAGUCCUCCACAGGGAAAACGAAAGUAGUACUCCCGCAAGCAAUACCGCUCAUGUGAGAUACAUUCAUCAUUCCGGAGAUAUCGUUACCACAGUCGAGUCGUUUAAAGACUACUUGACAAAUGAAAGUGGAGAAACCUUUAUAGGAUUGCCGCUAAGAGAGUGGGUGGAAAGGGCAAAGGAACACGGCCUGAAUGUCCUAGUCGCGGGUUACUUGACAGCAAGUGAUGAGAGACAGGUGGAUGUGGUAUUCCAGAGGUUGAUUAAAUUGAAAGUGGCAUAA